AGAAGAGGACCUAUCUACUAUUGGUCGUCUUUUGGAUGAUUGUAGAAGGUUUACUGAGCCUUCACCUGCACUCUAUUGACACAGACACAGGGAGAGCGACGAGGGCCUCAUCUUUUGCGUUUUGGUUAUUUGCUCGACACAGAGAGAGAUGGAGCAAAGUAAUUAGAGGAAGAAAGGAGAGAAGAAGAGGCCAUCCCUUCAAAGGUGGAGUUUGCCAUUGGAGGCUUAAUCGUGGACACCAAGGUGUUCUAUUGGCCAAGAAAGGUCUUUUGCUAUGGAUUUCCGUGUGCUUAGCUUUGCUGAUUGAAGAAGAUGAAUGGAAAAAUGAGCUCUUCUUCAGCAUCAGAAGAUGUUGCUGCUCAGGAGCUGAUGUGUGCCUGGAGUGCUGGCCGCAUAUGACAAUUGCUUUGAGAUGACUUUGGUUUCAAUGACAUUCUUUGGGUAUACAGUGGCUGACAUGGUGUUCACUAUUGGGUUUGUGAUGAGAAAGCUGGAAGGUAAAUCACUCGGUAGUACUUUUGGUCUCUAAGAUAUGUCAUGACACUUAAGAGCAGCUAUUACUGACUAGCGGUGGGCGCGGUGCGGUUCGGUUCGGUUUGAGGCCCAAACCGCAACCAAACCGUUUUUUUCGGUUGGCCUAUAUAUCAAACCGCAACCGCAUUACAAAAGGACUGGACCGAUUAUUUCGGUUACACCAUUUUUCUGUGCGGUGCGGUGCGGGUCGGUUUCAGUUUGGAGCGAUUUAUUUCAACUAGAAAGAGAGGGCCAAAAUCAGGCUUAUUUUUACCUAACAAUUUCAAUAAGGCAUAA